GUUGGUAAUAUUAAUUGACGAUCAACUCGUAUGAGUGUGCGCUGUAGUUUCAUUCGUUCGGUGACAAUGGCGGCAGACCUUGAUCAGUUUCAACAGCUUUUAAAUACACUCCUGAGCACGGAUAAUGAUGCCAGAACCCAAGCAGAAGAUGCAUACAACAAUCUCCCAGUGGAUAGCAAGGUGACAUUUCUUCUAACUUCUUUAUGCAAUGCCACUCUUACAGAAGAGAUGCGUGCCAUGGCUGCCGUCUUGUUACGUCGACUCUUCUCUUCUGAAUUUAUGGAUUUUUAUCCUAAAAUUCCACCAGAAGCACAAGCUCAAUUAAAAGAGCAAAUUUUAUUAUCUGUUCAAAAUGAACAGACAGAAACUAUUCGACGUAAGGUUUGUGAGGUUGCAGCUGAAGUUGCAAGAAAUUUGAUUGAUGAAGAUGGUAAUAAUCAAUGGCCAGAGUUUCUGCAGUUCCUAUUCCAAUGUGCAAAUAGUCCUGUACCAGCAUUAAAAGAAAAUGCUCUUCGAAUGUUCACAUCCGUCCCAGGCGUAUUUGGAAAUCAACAAGCAAAUUAUUUGAAUCUUAUAAAACAAAUGUUACAACAAUCGAUUAUGGAUUCUGCAAACUAUGAGGUCAGAUUUCAAGCAGUAAGAGCAAUUGGAGCUUUUAUCAUUUUGCAUGAUAAAGAAGAAAAUAUACAGAAACAUUUUUCAGAAUUAUUACCAGCAAUUGUACAAGUAAUUGCUCAAUCAGUAGAAAAACAAGGAGAUGAUGCUCUCUUAAAAGUUUUAAUUGAUUUAGCAGAAUCGACGCCUAAGUUUUUGAGAUUACAAUUAGAAACUAUAAUGGAAAUGUGUAUGAAAAUAUUUUCGAAUGAAGAUAUGGCUGAUUCAUGGAGGCAAUUAGCAUUGGAAGUAUUAGUAACAUUAGCAGAAACUGCUCCUGCAAUGGUACGUAAAGUUGGUGGAAAAUAUAUUGCAUCUCUAGUACCAUUGGUACUAAAAAUGAUGACAGAUAUAGAAGAAGAUGAAAAGUGGAGCUUUUCUGAUGAAAUCGUUGAUGAUGACAAUGAUAGUAAUAAUGUUGUUGCUGAAAGUGCUUUAGACAGAUUAGCAUGUGGUUUAGGUGGUAAAACUAUGUUACCACAAAUUGUACAAAAUAUUCCUUCAAUGUUGAAUAAUAGUGAUUGGAAAUAUAGACAUGCUGCUCUUAUGGCAAUAUCAGCUGUUGGAGAAGGUUGUCAUAAACAAAUGGAAGCAAUAUUACCUCAAAUUAUGGAAGGAGUUAUACAAUAUUUGCAAGAUCCCCAUCCUCGUGUAAGAUAUGCAGCUUGUAAUGCAGUAGGUCAAAUGUCAACUGAUUUUGCACCUAUAUUUGAAAAAAAAUUUCAUGACAAAGUCAUUCCUGGUUUAUUAAUGGUUUUGGACGAUAAUGCAAAUCCAAGAGUUCAAGCUCAUGCUGGUGCAGCACUUGUAAAUUUUAGCGAAGAUUGUCCAAAAAAUAUAUUAACACCAUAUUUAGAUGCUAUUAUGGCUAAAUUGGAAUCAAUUCUUACUGCUAAAUUUCAAGAAUUAGUUGAGAAAGGAACUAAACUUGUCUUAGAACAAGUUGUUACAACUAUUGCAUCUGUUGCUGAUACAUGUGAAGAACAAUUUGUAACAUAUUAUGAUAGAUUAAUGCCGUGUCUAAAAUAUAUCAUUCAAAAUGCUAAUCAACAAGAACAUAAAAUGUUACGUGGAAAGACAAUUGAAUGCGUGAGUCUUAUAGGACUUGCAGUAGGACCUGAAAAGUUUAUUGCAGAUGCUAGUGAAGUUAUGGACAUGUUAUUAAAAACUCAUUCUGAAGGAGAUCUUCCAGAUGAUGAUCCACAAACAAGUUAUCUUAUAUCCGCAUGGACACGAAUUUGUAAAAUUCUUGGUAAACAAUUUGAGCAAUAUUUGCCAUUAGUAAUGGGUCCAGUUUUACGAACAGCCGCUAUGAGACCUGAAGUGGCUUUAUUAGAUAAUGAAGAUAUGGAAGGUAUAGAAGAUGUUGAUUGGGAAUUCAUCUCUCUUGGUGAACAACAAAAUUUUGGAAUUAAAACAGCUGGUUUAGAAGAUAAAGCUUCUGCUUGUGAAAUGUUAGUUUGCUAUGCGCGUGAAUUGAAGGAAGGUUUUGCAGAUUAUGCAGAAGAAGUAGUACGGCUAAUGGUUCCUAUGCUGAAAUUUUAUUUUCAUGAUGGUGUUAGAACAGCUGCUGCUGCAAGUUUACCAUAUCUUCUUGAUUGCGCAAAAAUAAAAGGUCCACAGUAUCUUGAAGGAAUGUGGGCAUAUAUUUGUCCUGAUCUCUUAAAAGCAAUUGAUACAGAACCUGAAUCUGAUGUUUUAUUAGAAUUAUUGUAUUCGUUGGCCAAAUGUAUUGAAACUCUUGGUGCAGGUUGCUUAGGAGCACAACCCAUGGCUGAACUUUUACGUAUAUUGGAUAAAUUACUUAACAAACAUUUUGAAAGAGCAGUAGCUAGAUUGGAAAAACGUAAAGAUGAAGAUUAUGAUGAGAUUGUUGAAGAACAACUUGCUGAUGAAGAUAAUGAAGAUGUAUAUACUCUAAGUAAAAUAGCAGAUAUUUUACAUGCUUUAUUCACUACUCAUAAAUCUUCAUUUUUCCCUUAUUUCGAUCAAAUUUGUGGACAUUUUGUUAAAUUAUUAAGUCCUGAAAGAUCUUGGUCAGAUCAUCAAUGGGCUUUAUGUGUUUUUGACGAUGUAAUAGAAUUUGGUGGACCUGAAUGUGCAAAAUAUCAAGAAUAUUUUUUACGACCAAUGAUACAAUAUGUGUCAGAUAAAUCAGCAGAAGUAAGACAAGCAGCAGCUUAUGGUUGUGGGGUUUUAGGACAAUACGGAGGAGAAGCAUUUGCUCAAGCAUGUGCAGAAGCUUUACCUAGAUUAAUGGAAGUUAUAAAUGAUCCAGAAUCUAGAUCACCUGAAAAUGUCAAUCCUACAGAAAAUGCUAUUUCUGCAGUAACAAAAAUUCUUAAAUAUAAUAAUAAAGCAAUCAAUGUCGAUGAAAUACUUCCUCAUUGGCUCUCUUGGCUACCAGUGGUAGAAGAUGAAGAUGAAGCACCUUAUGUUUAUGGAUAUUUAUGUGAUUUAAUUGAAGCAAAUCACGUAGCAGUUUUAGGACCAAAUAAUUCGAAUCUACCUCGGUUAAUAAGUUUUUUUGCAGAAGCAUUUUAUAAAGAUGCCGUACCAACAGAUAAUCCUGUCAUGGGUAGAAUUCUUAGCAUUGUUAGACAAAUACAGAACAACGAGUCUAUGUUCCAGGCAUGCAUAAAUGCAUUAACAGCAGAUCAACAACAGGCACUGCAUGAGGCACUUCGUGCACAGCCUACUAAUUAGCCAUUUGCUUUUACCCUCGAUCUUUAAUAUUUUAAUAUAAAAGAAAAAAACAUACACACACACAUUUGCUUUAAUAAAGCUUGUGGAGAAAUCACAGAUUUUAGGUAGCUAUGGAACAAUUGCGCCAGCCUAAUUAUGAAGAGAAAUAAUUGUAUGUAACUAUUUGAUAUAAUUCAUAUAUUUGUUGAUUGUAUUUCAUUAGUAGAUACAAUAGUCAUCCCAUUUUUUACUAUUUGGAAUUGUUGCGAAUUACAUACCAUAAAACUUGUACUUGUCAUUACUUGAUGAAGUGUGAUAUGUUAAACAUAAAUUUAGCAAUAUAAAAUUUAUUAAAUUAUAUAAGUGAGUUCGCACUGACGAAAUUUUUAUAAUUCAUUAUUUUUGCUUAAUUUAUAAUGAUAAUACAAUAAAAUAAUAUUGCAUUCAUGAAUUUAUUUUUAACAUAAAAUUAAAACAAGACACAUUUCCCGCCAUUGCGAGCCGAACGAUGCUUAGUGUCUAUUUUUUUUCUUUCUCUCUUUUUUCUUUUUUAAUGCUUUGUAAAUUGCAUAGUAUUUGUAAACACUAACUCCAGCUUUGGAGUUUAGAAUAUUAAGAAUGUUCAUAGAAUAAUAUUACAUUUUUGUCAUUGCGAUCUCUUUGUCCCAAUUAUCCGCCUUCUGAUACUACUUUUUUGGCAGAAUAACAAAACUGCGAAAAAUAGACUGGAAAAACACCAACUCAUUGCUAUCAAAUGAUGGCAUAAUAUAUUGUGAUUUAGGUAUUUUUAUUAUUAAAUUUAGGUACAGUAAAUGUUAUUUAAUAAUAUCGAUAAUAUUACAGCGUUGAAGUUAGACGAAACUGUAUACGAAUGCCUUUUAAAUGAAACGUAAUGAACUGCAAUGUAAUGUAUAAAACAUUUUAUAUUUUGAUAUAUUAAAUUAUUUGUUAAUUCUAAUUCAUCACAUUGGAUUACAUUAGAACAAAAAGUAUACAUUUUCAGUUUGAUAUAAAGUAUACUUAAUCGUGUAAUUUUACAGCUAAUUUACAUUGAUUUAUUACGCUUAUUUAGCUGUAAUUUUGCAAUUUGUUAUUGCGUAAAAUAAAGUAUAACAAUGAAACCAAGAUAUAUUACUGAAAUAAGUUGAAAAGAAUGCUGGGCAUUACGUUUCUUCCGGUUAUUGUGUAAUGACAAUGUGAAUUAAGGACAGUGGCGUAAAAAAAUGACUGAAUGGAGUAACAUUACAAUUUCUUGUUCUUGUUGCUAUUUAUUUGUACACAAUAAUUAUCAUGAUAUUUACCAUUGCAAGCGAAUUUGCAAUGGAAAAUAUUCCAGAAAUAAAAUCUGCGACUAGUUACAACAAAAUCCUCCAAAAAAUUUUUUUUUGUUACGACACAAAAGAAUAUAACUAAUGGUCGGACAUUUAUUUGUAUGUAUAUAUCAAAGUAUAUAAAUAUUAAAACUAAGUACGUAAAGUUGAAUUACAUAAAUGUAAUUAUUGAUAAUUAGUAGGCACUGCCUCAUUAAUUAUUUCAUGAAGACUAAGAUCUUGUGAAAUAGAUACAAGCAAUGUGCGAUUGUAAACAUUUCAAUUAAGAAUUAUUGAAGGACUGUUCGUGCGAUGUAUUGUGACAAAAAGAUUUGUGAAAACAAAAUCAAUAUGAAAAAAGUAAAAUUAUAAUUCUUAUAAUUAUAUAGAGAUUAUUUUAAAGUUAUUAUUAAUUAAAAUAAAUCUCAGCUUUUUAA